GAGGGAAGAAUCGGCUGGCUCCUGGAGAUAGACCUGAGCACACAGAGCCUCCCCACACCUUCAGAUCGGCACCUUGCUGCCCAGGAGCCUCCUCCAGCUAGCCUUCCUUCCCAGUCCGCUAUGGCCACUUCCAAUAGCAGCGCAGGCAUCCGGUGGUCCAGACAGGAGACACGCACGCUUCUCUCCAUACUAGGUGAGGCAGAGUAUAUUCAGCGCCUCCAGACCGUGCAUCACAAUGCAGACGUCUACCAGGCUGUGUCUAAGCGGAUGCAGCAGGAAGGCUUCCGCCGCACCGAGCGUCAGUGCCGCUCCAAGUUCAAAGUCCUGAAGGCAUUAUAUUUAAAGGCCUAUGUGGCCCACGCCACAAGUAUGGGUGAUCCACCGCACUGUCCCUUUUAUGAUACGUUGGAUCAGCUUCUCCGAAAUCAGAUAGUGACUGACGCAGACAACGUAAUGGAGGAUGCUGCUUGGGCCAAGCACUGUGAUCGGAACUUAGCGGCCCCUGACACCCCAGGAGAAGAAGGAGCCAGCAUUCUGGGAGCAAAGAGGACUCAGGCAGCAGAUCAUCAGCCUGUCUUGAAAACAGUUAAGGAAUCAGAUGAGGAUUGUCAACUGAGGAUCAGUGACCAGAUGCGAGAAACCAGUGACCUUGAGGACUCCUGGGAUGAAUCUUCAGGUGCAGGGUGCUCUCAAGGGACCCCCAGCUACAGCAGCUCCCACCACCUUUUCAGAGGUGCAGCUGCUCCCUGUCAGAGCAGCCCCGUGACCAGACUGGGGGUGUCCGGUGAGCCCAGCCCCUGCACCAGCUCCAGCCGAAACACUCCCCGGGUGGCCUCGGCACAGCGGCCUCCGGGCUCCUCCUCCAGAGUUCCUUUUGUUUCUGGUGGGGAUGGGCCUUUGACCAGUGAGCCCCCUCCCAGGUGGGCAAGGCGAAGAAGGCGGUCCGUGGCCAGGACUAUCGCAGCCGAGUUGGCAGAAAACAGGAGAUUGGCGCGAGAACUUUCAAAGCGGGAGGAGGAAAAAUUGGACCGGCUGAUUGCCAUUGGCGAGGAGGCCAGUGCUCAGCAGGACACAGCCAACGAGCUGCGCAGGGAUGCGGUGGUCGCCGUCAGACGCUUGGCCACAGCGGUGGAAGAGGCAACCGGUGCUUUCCAGCUAGGGCUUGAAAAGUUGCUUCAGAGCUCUGAUGAUCCACAGGCUCAGAAAUACAUCAGGGAUAGUAAGUGUUUAGUCAUUGAAAAAAAUGGGAAAUUACGCUAUGAAAUAGAUACUGGAGAAGAAAAGAAAUUUGUCAGCCCAGAAGAUGUUGCCAGACUGAUAUUUAGUAAAAUGAAAGAAACAGCACAUUCUGUCUUGGGCUCAGAUGCAAAUGAUGUAGUUAUUACUGUUCCAUUUGAUUUUGGAGAAAAACAAAAAAAUGCUCUUGGGGAAGCAGCCAGAGCUGCUGGGUUCAAUGUUUUGCGGUUAAUCCACGAACCUUCUGCAGCUCUUUUGGCUUAUGGAAUUGGACAAGACUCCCCCACUGGAAAAAGCAACAUUUUGGUAUUCAAACUUGGAGGAACAUCCUUAUCUAUCAGUGUCAUGGAAGUUAACAGUGGAAUAUAUCGUGUUCUUUCAACAAACACUGAUAAUAACAUUGGAGGUACACAUUUCACAGAAACCUUAGCACAGUACCUAGCUUCUGAGUUUCAGAGAUCCUUCAAACAUGACGUGCGAGGAAAUGCCCGUGCCAUGGUGAAACUGAUGAACAGUGCUGACACUGCAAAACAUUCUUUGUCAACCUUGGGAAGUGCCAAUUGUUUCCUUGACUCAUUGUAUAAAGGUCAAGAUUUUGACUGCAAUGUGUCCAGAGCAAGAUUUGAACUUCUCUGUUCUCCACUUUUUAAUAAAUGUAUAGAAGCAAUCAGAGAACUCUUAGAACAAAGUGGAUUUACAGCAGAUGAUAUCAACAAGUUUGAAAGUUUUUAUAUUUUCACUAUUUUGCUGUAUGCUGUAAGAUGGAAAUUGCAUUUUUUUGUCUUUUGUUGGAGGUUUUCCCUUCAGUCUAGUUCAGUUGUCCUUUGUGGAGGGUCUUCUCGAAUCCCAAGGCUACAGCAAAUGAUUAAAGAUCUUUUCCCAGCUGUUGAGCUUCUCAAUUCUGUCCCUCCUGAUGAAGUUAUCCCUAUUGGUGCAGCUAUGGAAGCAGGAAUCCUUAUUGGGAAAGAAAACCUUUUAGUGGAGGACGCUCUUAAGAUAGAGUGUUCAGCCAAAGAUAUUUUAGUUAAGGGAGUCGAUGAAUCAGGAGCCAACAGUUUCAAAGUACUGUUUCCGUCAGGGACGCCUUUGCCAGCUCGAAGACAACACACGUUACAGGCUCCUGGAAGUAUAUCCUCAGUAUGUCUUGAACUCUAUGAGUCUGAGGGGGAAAACUCUGCAAAAGAGGAAAACAAGUUUGCACAGGUUGUACUCCAGGAUUUAGAUAAAAAAGAAAAUGGAUUACGUGACAUAUUAGCUGUUCUUACUAUGAAAAGGGAUGGAUCUUUACACGUGACAUGCACCGAUCAAGAGACCGGAAAAUGUGAGGCAAUCACUAUUGAGGUGGCAUCUUAGUGUUUGAGAGAAACCACGAAGUUUUUAGAACUAAAAUAUCAACAUUAUUUGUUUUGUUUAUAAAUGAUGUUUAUAUUAAAAUACUUUUUGAAUGAACUGUAUGAUUUAUGUUUCUAUUUUAACUACAGUAUAUUGCUAAGUGUUGCAACCUUUUUUUUUGUUUUCCAUUAAAGAUUUCCUUUAUUAGUGAGAAAUACAAGGAACUUUUUCUACCAUGGAGCUAUUUAGAAUUAAAUUGUUUGAGUGGAUUAAAGGAAACUUUACCAGAAAUUUAACAUUGCAUUUUAAAAUUGUUUCUGUCUUUAGAACUUCUGAUUUUAAGAAGUCGUUUGUUAAUUCUUAUUAGGUAACUAAGAACAAUUUAAAAGUCUUUGAUAUUAAAUGAAACAAAAUUGCAGAGCCAUAUGCAAAGUAAGGUACCAUUUUUGCUUAAAAGAAAAAACUAAACUCAUAAACUCAAUAAUUGUUUAUAAAUAUGCAUGUGACAUAUGUAGAGAAAAGUAUAGAAGACUAAACACCAGACUCUUUUAACAGUGGCUUCUUUUGUGGAGGGAAAUAGGGGAGAGGCACUUUUUCUUUUUACAAUUAUGUUGUUUGAUUUUUCCCUCUAACAGAUAUGUUUCUCAUUUGAAAUUGAAAGAUUUUUUUAUUUUGAAGAGAGGGCUAGCCACAUUCUGUUCACCAGAAAAUGCUGACUAGUGCAUUGAGAAUACUCAGUGGGUUACUAAGGAAAAAGAUUAUUCUCUUAGUAAAACAAGACAAGUAAUCUGCCUGUAUUGAGGGGAGAGCUUGAAGGUGAGCUGUGUACAUCAGACUCUAGAUUUUAUUACCAAGAGAGGAUUUCCAUUCAUUUCUCUCCUUGUUUCCCAGCAGACUGAGAAGAAAUAUCUUUACUCAGUAAAAUUUUAAAACUGUGCUAUUUUCCACCUGUUCAAGCUUUGGGAUGUGCUUUAUUAUUAUAGCUGCUUUUUAUGGAGUUAGAUGGCAGUAAUCUUCUAUUUCUAAAGAUGCAGAAACCAAACUUAAAUUUUUUAUUAUUAUUCUGCAUCAAAUUAUUGACAGAAACACAAGGAAAAUUCAGGUAUGAGUCUAAGUCCACAAAGAGGGAGCCUCAAAGGUAUAUCCUUUUGACUAAGGCUGAGUACUUAGUUAUCUUUUAUGAUCUUUUCCCAAGCUACAAAAACUUUGAAAUAAAAUAAUUAUAUAUAAGCCAUUAAGUAUUUUCAGAAAAUAGGAAGAUACCAGCUGAACUAGUUGAACUGCUACAUCUAAAUGCUUUCAGUUAUGCUUUGGAAAAGUGCUGUAGGAUUUUAUUUUGUAGUUAUUGUUAGCUCUUUAGACCAGGGGUUGGCAAACUAUUGGCAAUGUGUCUGUCCUACCCCACACCUAUCUUUGUAAAUAAAAUUUUACCAGAACAUAGCCACA